AUGUCCCAAUAUAUCAGUACAACAAGUACUCAAGUCCAACAAUUUCUCUACCAAAACCGAGGGCAAAUACAUGAUACUGUCCUCAGCAUUACGAUCAUUGCUUCAGUGAUUUGGGUUGUAUAUAUAUCUCUACAGACUCUACGAUCUCGAUACAUAAAGACAGGAGCAACGGCAACGAGGCCGUCAACACCUGAUGUUGAGAAGACUAGACGUGUGACGAGGAAAUUCGGUGAAUGGACACCGUCUUCAUUCAAAAGACCUGAUCCAGCACCGUACCCGGAUUGGGACGUAAAAACGACCAGGCCGUUGCCGUAUCGUCCUUUCCGAUAUGGACCGAAGUACUUUGUCACCAUGGGAUUGAGGAACAUGAAAUGGGAUGAAUGGAUCGAAUUGGAUAACCACUACCCUCGCUACCACGCCGACAAAGCCCGUCGAAUCAAAGAACGAGGUUCAAAAUGCUGCCGCACAGCCCCUGAAGCCAUGGACGCUGCAAUCGAACUCCUCGAAGAACUAGCAUCAUACCUCCCAGCUCGCUACCCAAGCCUCUACCGCAAAACCGGCGUGGGAAUCGACAACCUCCUCACGGGCGAAACAUUCAACAUCCUCCAACGGCCCUUACCCGAAGAUCCCAUGGCCACCUGCGCGCGCCUAGUACAAGACGAUCUAGCCCUCAUGAUAGAAAAGCCAGACGGACAAUACUACCUCCUCGCGGGGGCAAUCCUACUAGCCGGAUUCUGGCGUCUAGAGGACAAAUUCGGCAUGCCACUCAGCGAAAUCCAUACCUCCGGCGACGUGCCACAAUACCGCGAGAAGCUAGAAAAGGGGAUGAUGAAUUUCUUCCGACGACUGAAACCUGAAGAUGCGGUGUUGCGAAAUAAUUAUUUCUUGCAAGUUGACGACCAGUUAGCGUGGUCGCCCAGUAUUGGGUCAGAAGAUGAGCCCGGAAUUUCGUGGAAUACGGCGCAAAAGAAUCGCGCCAUUGAGCAUCAUUAUUUCAGGUCGGAGAGGCAGUCGUUACGACGGUUGCCGCGAUCUGGAGCGGUGGUGUUUACAAUCAGGACGUAUUUUGAGCCUAUUACUGAGAUUGUAAAGGAGCCGUAUGUGGCGGGGAGAUUGGCGUCGGCGAUACGGUCGUGGGGGGAUGAUGUGUCGAUAUAUAAGGGUAAGGAGAAGUAUGCGGAGGUUUUGUUGGAGUUUCUUGAUAAGAAGCAUGAGGAACAGCUAACGAAUGGUUUGGAUCUUGAAAAGGAGGAUGAAGUUCGUGCUUAUCCGUUUUGA